AAAUUGAAAGUUUAUUAAAAUAUUUACAAUAAUGGAGACUACAGAGCAAACUGAAACAAAAGAAAGCAAUAUUGAAGUCAUCUUUGGAAAGCCAGAACAUUCUGAAAUAUUAGGAGAGUUCAGCGCCAAAAUUGCCUACGAAGCUGAAGGAAAUAUUGUAGAUCCUAAACCUCUUGCUGAAGCAAUUCAUAACCUUCUAUCUUUUGAUCCAGCUAAAGAAGGGCAAAAACCAUUAGGCUUUUAUCUAGUUGCCCAAACCUCAGAAGCUAAAGUCAUUGGAUGAAUGAUGGUUACGUAUCAAAUAAACCCUGUCAUUGGAGGUCUCAUCUAUUCUAUCGACAAUGUAUUCGUAGAAAAAGAAUAUAGAAAAUUAGGAGUUUUUAAGCAAAUUUUCAAUAAAGUCAAAGACAUAGCCGAAGCAGACAAAAACUGUAAGUGUAUGAGACUUUUUGUUGAACAAGAAAAUGAAAUCGCAAAGAAAGCAUACACUAGAAUGGGGAUGUCUAUCUUAGACGUAUCAGCAAUGCAGAAAUCAUUUAUUUCAUACCAUUAAAUCAAU